AUGGCUGAGGGGGGCGUAGCGAAACAAGCUAACAGAAAUGAAGAAACUACUGGGUGCGAAAUACAGACUGUUUCUCUCCCAUCGAAUUUUUCCCUUUGUUCGAGAUAUGACUUGAUUGCACUUAUUUCCAGAAUGCUGGUAUUCUUGAUCCAAAUCAAUGACGAUGCAGCGCAAAAGAAGACUGGACUCGCUGAUAGCGGGAAGGGGGAAGCCACUGACGCUGCAGAUACGGACGGCAGCUCGGAAACUAAAUUGACUAGGUUCCAUUCUAGUGUGCCACCACCAAUAUCAGUGUACAACUACCUUAUACGACUGACAAAGUAUUCAGCUUUGGAACCAUCCGUGCUGUUAACGUCCAUUUAUUACAUUGACCUUCUUUCGAGCGUUUAUCCUGCAUUUACGAUAAAUUCGUUGACUGUACACAGAUUCCUGUUGACCGCCACGACUGUGGCAAGUAAAGGGUUGUGUGAUUCAUUCUGUACUAAUGCCCAUUACGCUAAAGUCGGUGGUGUACAAGGUAGCGAGUUGAAUAUUUUGGAGAGCGAGUUUUUAAAAAAAAUUAACUAUAGAGUACUACCGCGAGAUGACAACAUUACAUGGUGCAAGUAUGAACAUCGUGCACAUGAAUUUACAAUCUACAAUAAAGCAGCACUCACAAAUGUCUCAAAGCCUACACAUACGCAGAGAAACAGCGGCUACAAUGUGUUGCAAAUGUAUUAUCAUAAGAUUAUACAACUGGUCGGUAAGUUUAGCUCAAGUCUAGAUAAGUCCAAAAAGGCAAACUACGUGUUUGAGAACGUACCUGGUAUGUCCUCCGCACUGUCAACAGAGAAAAAACCUGCAUUGAAAAGACAUUUGGAUCAUAACGAUCAAAAAAACCAGCCAGACUUUAUUCUUGCUGUUAAAAAAUCAUCAACCUCCCCGUAUACCUUCAAAAAGCAUGUCACAGAAGAACUGAAGUUCCAAAAGGAUUGA